GCACGCCUGCACUACCGCAAAAAAAAUACGCAUCGAAUGAGAUACACGCGUCAAAAAAUUAAAUAUUCUAUAGAAUAAUACUCAUUUAGAAAACAACGUCUAAACAACUAUCUUAUCUCACAAGAUUGACUUUAAUUUAAAUUAAGAGUAUAAUGUGAAGUGAUUAAAAAGUUGUUGAACUAAUAGUGAAUAAUAUUAAGGGCAACAGAAUGACGAACAAAUUAAGUACUUUAUCGAAAAAUGUUGAUGACAGUGAGAAGUAUACAGCUGAUUUGGAUCAAGCUUUAAAUGUCGUAGGUUUAGGUAUUUACAACAUAAAAUACUGCUUCGUCCUGGGGCUAUGCCUGGUGGCGGCCAUAGUGGAGCCGGUGGGCUACUCCUACCUUCUGCCGGCGAGCAAGUGUGACCUGGAGAUGUCCGACACAGCGAGGGGUUUUAUUGGAUCCAUUCCAUAUAUUGGUGUGGUCUUGACAUCAUUCCCGUGGGGAUACCUCGUGGACACGCGGGGUCGGAAGCCGAUCCUGAUCGUCAGCUCUGUGGCAGCAGGGUUGCUGGGCGCCGCAGCGGGGCUCAUGCCUGAUCUCGUCACCUUCACGAUAUGCAAGUUCUUGUGCUCUCUCUGCUUAGCAUGUCCCGCUGCGGCGCCCUACACCUACAUCGGAGAGAUCCUGCCUCCACGUUUCCGGGACAUCACUCUGUCGGUCACAAACUCCAUGCAGAUCCUGGGCUCCGCACUAGUGCCAUUGUUUGGGUGGGCGAUCCUUCCAGCAGAUUUCAAGAUUGACUUGGGCUUGUAUUACUUGAGACCGUGGAGGGUUCUCUGCGUCGUAUACGCGGCCAUGUUUAUUCUCGCAGCAAUUCUGAUGUCGUUUGGGCCCGAGAGCCCUAAGUACCUGGUCUCCCAGGGAAGGCACGAAGAAGCAUUACAAGUCUUAAGAGACAUGUACGCUGGUAACAAGGGAAAGUCGCCCGAAGAUUUUCCGAUCAAAGCACUAAAAGUACCUGAUAGUAAAGAAAGAUUGAACGUCGGCUUCCUGACUUCUCUGAAACUACAAACUACACCAUUGCUGAAACCGCCAUUCUUGAAGUGGAUGAUGCUCAAUGGCUUUCUGUUAUUUGGAGUAUUCAUGAUACUCAAUGGGCUGGUGAUGUGGAUUCCAGAUGUACUGAACAGGGUCUUGUCGAGCGACACGGGUCAGAGUAUGACCGCUUGUGAAGUUAUUGGACAGGGGACCAAGGGCAAUACUACGUUAGACACAGUAUGCAUCGACACGAUCGACACGCUAACGUUCUCGAUAAACUCGAUAGCUUCGAUCGCUUGCUCGGGGAUAGCUCUAGUCGUGAGCACGACGGUGAAGGUCAUCGGGAAGAAGAUCCUUCUGAUCCUGAUAAUGCUCGUCAUCGGACUGUUCUGCAUAAUGAUCAACGUGACGACGCAGCCGAUGGUGUUCGCCAUACUGCUGUCUUCGAUGCCACUCACUGGAUUGUCUAUUGGACCUAUCAACGCGUACAGUGUGGAGAUAUUUCCCACUGAAUUGAGGGGAAUGGCUGUGAGUCUCUCCAUGAUGCUGGGUCGGUUAGGGUCCAUAUCGGGCGCAAACAUCGCCGGGGCCAUGAUCAACACGGCUUGCGAGCCGAUGUUCUACAUGUUCGCAGGAUUUAUCAUGUUUUGCAGUCUUUGCGCAUUCUUAUUACCGAAGUCUCAAGAAAAACUAUCUAACCGCAAAGAAGAAAUAACAACGCAUCUGUAAAAUUGUAUUCCUAGCUCUAUUAUUAUUUUUCGGAUAGUGUAAUUUCUAAUUGUUGGUUUUGUAAAUAAUAAUUAUGAAUUUAAUUUCAA